AUGCCCGCACCGCCGCCACCUCCGGUACAAGUUGAUGUCUCCGAUCCCCCACCACCAUACGAGAGGAAGCCAAGCAAGAGGGUCCAGGAAAGGCCCAUCGAGCCCGAAGUCACGCCAUAUCCCGGGUGGAAAGUACCGCCUCCGUUGGUUGUUCCCCAAGGUGUCGGCCCGAGUUCUCCCCAAGUUGGCGGCCCGAGUUCACCCCAAGGCGCCGGCCCGAGUUCCAGCCAAACUGGCCACCAAGGCUCGUACUACGAUCCUCGGGCGACAUACCAUCAAACUCCUCCGAGUGCCACCCCGAUCUCAUACAACGAUCCCCCUCAAGGAUCGUACUAUGAGUAUCGCCCGAUCUACCCCCCAUCUCCCCGCCAAGGAGGUUACCACGAUUACCGCCCGGUCUACCCACCAUCUCCCCGCCAAGGAGGUUACCACGACUACCGCCCGGUCUACCCACCAUCUCCCCGCCAUACAUCAUCGGGUACUUGGCAUGAUGGUUCCUCCGCGACGGAACACCAUGAUUUUACGCCAUGGGCUCGCCCUCAUCAGCAGUGGAUACCUACGACUCACCGUACUUCCGUGGAUGUCCCCCGCUCAACCCCGGAUGUGCCGAUUCCCCGCCGUCAUAGCACCGACGACCGCCAAACUACCACGGCCCGAGUUCGAAACUUGCCACCGCCGCCACCGAUUGUUACUCCCGUCGGUCGACGUACAAGGAGCAAGAAAACCGUGGGAUCGACUGAAGCUCGUGGACUUUCUUGA